GUGGACUGCGAGCGCUGGCAUUAUUCUCCGGCUCCCUUUCACUCCAAGACACCACCUUUUUUCGAUACCUUAAUAGCUCCUGCGCAAGGAGAAUUUCAGUCUGGAAAUGAGCGACCUCUUCGAUGUUCUUGACCCCGGCGGCAACAGCACGGUAAAUUCCGGGCUUGGUGCCGGACUGCCGGGCAUGUCAGCCACCUCCAUCCGCAAUUGCCUUGACAAUGUCGUUCUGCCGCCCAUAUACACGAUGGCAUACUCUGCGACGAUGAAAGCCGGCGGUGGGGCGAUUACGCGUGACGCUCUGCAACAGCUGCUGAGCAUGACGGACAUUCCGCGCGAGAGCAUCAGCCGCAUUCUGAUGACAGCGGAGCCGAGCGGCGGCGGGGGCAUUCUGACGCAGCGGGACUUCAACCUGGCGCUGGCAAUGGCGGCGAUGGCGCAGAAGAACAUGUCGCCGACGCUCGAAUCCGUGGCCUUCCACAAGGACGACCUUCCAUUGCCCGACAUCUCCGGGCUGCAGGAGUUUGCGGCAAAGGCGGCUGGUGCGGUCAGCGGAGUGGCAGCUGGUGCAGCGUUCCCAGACGAUUCUGGCGACCCCUGGUCGUCAGUGACCAAGACAAAGGCGGCUGCUGUUGGCACAGCGACUGCAGCGAUUGGGGCGGUGUCGGUUUCGGAUUCGGCAGUGGCGGGCUCGGAUGGCGCGGCGGUGAAGAAGGAGCGGUCGGCGGAGAGCAAUGGGCGGGCGAGCGUUAGCAGCGCGAAUACCGGGGCGGUUAGUGUGCCGACGAUUAACAUGGAGGCAGUGCAGUGGCAGCUGGACCUGGAGGAUGUCAAGAUCCAGGAGUCGGCAGAGAAGGGCGGGCUGGUGUUCAAGCACACAAACUACGAGGUGUCGACGCGCAGCUUUGGAGCGAUGGUGGUGAGACGGUACAAUGACUUCUUCUGGAUCUCCAACUACCUCGUCAAGCGCUACCCGUACCGGAUACUGCCAAACAUUCCGCCCAAGGGCUUUCCAGACAACCGGAUAAAGGGUCUGACGCGUUUUGCGUGUGCAAUCCAGCGCACGCCGUUCCUGAGCCGCGACCCAUUGGUGAUCCAGUUUUUCAGCAACACCGACGAGUUCUCGCGGAUCGUCAAGAUUGGCAAUUUCGACCAGGACGCGGAGCAGUUCGACGCCAAGGACGAGGCCGGCAACACGCCGCUGUCGGAGGUUAACCAGACGUACCAGUCCUUCGAGGACUACUACCAGCGCAUAAUGCGCGACGAGGAGCGCUGCCGCACGCAAAUCACGGCCUUGGAGAAGAUCGCGCGCUACAAGCAGGCGAUCGGCGACGAACUCUAUGCAUACAGCGACACACUGCGCACCCGCAACAUGCCGGGCGAGAGCCGCACCGGCGACCCGCAGUUCCACCGACACACUGCGGGCAAGCGCCGGCUCGACAGCAACCUGAACGAGCUGUCGAUGAACUUUGGCGACGCGUCGUUGCUUGAAAAGUCCGAGGGCGAGGUCAUCAAGACCAUCUCGGCGGAGCACCUGCGGAGGCUGUAUGAUAUUGUGGUGGCGAUGAAGCUUCUGAUGGAUAGGCUGCGGCUGGCCGACCGCCGCAAGGAGAUCCAGCGCGUCAAUGAGCGCGCCGAGGUCAGCCAGAAGGCGCUUGAUGCGAUGACGGGCAGGUCGCCGAGCGGGUCGGGCACUGCCACGCCGGUGUCGUUUGACAGAGCAGCGGCCGAGCGGCUCGAGCGCACGCUGCAGGAGGACAUGAAUGAGCUGAGUCGACUCGAGGGCGAGCAGAGGUGCGUGGAGGUGCGGUUCUACCAGGAGCUGGCAAAGUACAGGUGCUACGACAGCUUUUUGCAGACGCUGUAUCACCGCAUGGUCGAGGAGCAGAUCAAGCACCACACGCUGGCGCUGAAUGCGUGGAAGCAGGCGAUUCUGACAGCCGAUGACUUGCCGGCGAACCCGAUGGACUUUAUUUCGUGAGACGGUUUGCAGCAGCAAAACUUUUUUUUUUACUUUAACCGAAUACAAAUCGCACUUUUCGAGGACAUUCCGCAGCCCCACUCCCCUGCCAGCGAAA